GAUUUGACCUUGGCUGAGGAAAAUUUUCAAUUUCAUCUCUUUUAUUGUAAAAUUAUAGUAGUUAUGCUGAAAUUCUCUCAAUUAUUGUCUUCAGUCACUGCAGGACUUGGUCAACUUAGUUUUAAAUCUAACUUAAAUCUUAGUACAUCUACACUCAGAGGAUUUUCUGGUCUACACUUGCUUGGCAAAGGUCCAAGAACAGAUGGGUCAAAUGCUGCUCUCCUCCCAGCCACCUGCUUGAACUUAGCACAGCCACUAGGUGGCAGGCUAUGCAACUCUCAUAUUCCUACAAAUGACCUCAAACUCACAAGUUUAUGUGCUGAAUUAAGCAGGAGAACACUGCACACAUCUUCCUCUUUUGCUGUGAAUUCUUUUCUAAGAAUUCACAUCAUGGGUCCAAUUAUCAAGCCUCCAAGGAAGAAGAACCCGCUGGGGUAUGGCGUUCCAUUCAGGAAGGGGGUGGUGCUCAAAACAGUCAUCAAGAAGCCCAGGAAGCCUAACUCUGCCAACAGAAAGUGCGUUUUGUUGCGGCUGUCCAACGGCAAGGAGAUGACAGCGUUCGUGCCAGGCGAAGGGCACACGUUGCAGGAGCACAACGUCGUACUCGUGCAUCCCGGCAGGCUCAGAGACACGCCUGGAGUCAAGAUCCGCUGCAUGCGUGGCAAAUACGACCUCGGCGAGGUCGUCAAGAAGACCAUUUAAACUUAUAACAUCAGCCUUCUCAUAUCUCACAGUGACUAACAUAAAAGUAGAACUGAAUUUUUGUAUUUAACCCUCUACCGCCCUGUGUCACUCUCUUGAACAUACAAUUAUACGUAAACUAUUGAGUGUAGCAACCUGAGGACGUUUGUACGCAACA